UUUCAGAUAAAGAAGAACCAGCAGACGAUUUUCUCCAUAUUGGACUCUCUGAAGAUUCCGCAUGAGUUGAUGGACAUCGCCGCCAAUGAGGAGAACCGCAAGUGGAUGAGGGAGAACGUUCCGGAAGACUUCCGGCCAGCUAGCGGCGUUCCCCUGCCCCCGCAGAUUUUCAGCGAUGACCAGUACCUUGGGGACUUUGAUGCUUUUUUUGAUGCCAAAGAGAAUAAUAAUCUGUACACGUUUCUGGGCCUGACACCUCCAGCUGGAUCAAAGGAAGCUGAAGCUCUGGCCAACAAGGACGCCUGAAUCCUUAGCCCCGCCCCCCCCUAACCUCUGAUCAGAACCUUCAAUGCUU